UGUGAGUUUAGUGAAGAUUCUGAUUGGAUGCGCCUCAGCUAAUUUGCAUAACCAACUCUAUAAUAGUCUCCGUCUCUGCGGCUCCGCUGUUGUUUGAAAGAGCUGUUUGGAGGGCGAGUAGAAUUGUGCCUGAUUAUUUAUGUAAUAUUUGGUUUACAGUUUUGGCAUGCAGUGGAAAAAAGUCUACACUUUGUCAGCAGCUAUAUAACGAAGAGGCAUUCCUUCAGAUUAUUCAACCUGCUAAAAAUGUUUCUGAAAACUCUGAGAAAAACCUUUACCUUUUUGAAUACCUUCACGGUAGGACAAUAUGUAUUACUCUUGUCUGCUUUCAUCCCUGAUUUUUCAGACUGUAAAACAAUUAAAUAUCAGACAUAUGAAGAAGAUAAUCCGGAUACAGUAAUAGGAAACCUCGCUGAAGAUUUGCUCAUAAACCCGCUUCACGGAGGACAGACUAGUUUCCGAAUGAUGAAGCCGCUGAAUACUUCAUUUAUUAAGCUGAGAGAAAGCGAUGGACAACUGACCAUUGGAGAAAGAAUUGACCGAGAAAGGAUCUGCAAGCAGUCUCCGCAUUGCCUUAUUGCUUUCGACGUCGUAAGUUUUUCCAAAGAGCAGUUUAAACUUAUCCAUGUCGAAAUUGAUGUCAAAGAUAUUAAUGACAAUUCUCCUGAAUUCCCUCAUCCCGAAAUAUCGAUCGAAGUUUCCGAAAAUGCAGCUGUAGGCACCCGCAUUCCUUUAGACGUCGCCCUUGAUGAAGAUGUGGGUCCAAACUAUAUCCAGAGUUACCAGAUUUCAGUAAACAGUCACUUUACAAUUGAGGUGCUGAAUAGGGCGGAUGGGGUGAAAUACGCAGAGCUGGUACUCAUGAAGGAACUUGACAGGGAAACUCAGUCAUUCCAUGUGCUGGAUCUGGUGGCCACAGACGGGGGGAACCCGCCUCGCUCGGGCACCACAAAGAUCAACGUUAAGGUCAACGACUUUAACGACAACAGCCCGGUAUUUGACCAGAACUCGUUCACCGUGGAACUCAACGAAGACGCUCCAGUGGGGUUUCUGUUGCUGGACCUAAACGCAGUUGAUCACGACGAAGGUUUAAACGGAGAGGUUGUCUAUGGAUUCGGAAAUCAGGUUACACCGGAGAUCAAACAGUUGUUUAAAGUUGACCGCAAAUCCGGGCGUCUUACUCUGGAGAACCCUGUUGAUUUUGAGACGAAGGACACAUAUGAAAUAGAUGUACAGGCUUAUGACUUAGGUCCCAACCCCACGCCCACAGUCUGCAAAAUUGUGAUUCGUAUUCAAGAUGUCAACGACAAUGCUCCAGAAAUCAGUAUUACUCCCAUGACGUCCAUCUCAGCAGGUAUAGCGUAUAUAACUGAGGCUGCAGCAAAGGAUAGUUUCGUUGCAUUGAUCAGCACCUCGGACAGCGAUUCAGGCCCCAAUGGCCAAGUGCAUUGCACGCUGUACGGACACGACCACUUCAAGCUGCAGAAAGCCUACGAAGAUAGUUACAUGAUUGUAACCACGGCGUCUCUAGAUAGAGAGAAAAUUGCCGAGUACAACCUGACAGUAAUUGCAGAGGAUAUGGGGACGCCUCCUUUUAGAACCAUCAAGCAAUACACAAUUCGAUUAAGCGAUGAAAAUGACAAUUCCCCACUGUUCAGCAAGCCCGUCUACGAAGUCUCCGUGGUGGAAAACAACGCGCCAGGUGCGUAUAUCACCACAGUGGUGGCGAGAGACUUGGACCUUGGGCACAAUGGCAAAGUCAGCUACAGACUAGUGGAAGGUGACGUUAAGGGCUCCCCAGUGUCUACCUACGUUUCUGUUGAUCCGGCUACAGGUUCCAUCUACGCCCUGAGAAGUUUUAACUACGAAGUAGUUAAACAGCUCGAUCUUCGCAUCCAGGCGAGUGACGGCGGCACGCCACAGUUGCACAGCAGCGCGACGAUCAAUGUUAAGAUUGUGGACCAGAAUGACAACGCGCCAACAAUCACCCACCCGCUUAUGAUAAAUGGCUCUGCAGACGUGCAAGUGCCGAGAGAUGCGCCACCUGGUUACUUGAUCACUCACAUCAAGGCAUGGGAUGCAGACGAAGGGAUGAAUUCCCAGCUCAUCUACCGUAUUGAAAAGGAAGAGCAGCCGCCAACGUUUUCCAUCAAUAAAGCGAACGGGGAAAUUUAUUUAAGCCGUGACUUAAGCUCUGAAACUAGGAAAGAUUUCAAAGUCAAGGUGGUAGUGAGUGACAGCGGAAGACCUUCCCUUUCAGCAGCGGCAACCAUUCGCUUUAUUUGCACUGCAGCAGCGCCAUCUAGUGGUAACGUGGUGGUACGACAAGGCUCGGACACCCAGGUGCUUUUUAGCUUCGACACCUCAGUGAUAGUUAUUAUAAUUUUAGCAGGGAGCUGCACCUUGCUUCUAGUGGCAAUCAUCCUAAUCGCUACCACCUGCAAUCGGCGCAAAAAAGAAAUCGACGACAAGGAGUUUCAAGAUGAGUCUGCCGAUCCCCACUCCGAAAAUGGUCGUCACAGCAGCGACACCCUUUUCUCUAGCCACAGCGAAGACGGGUUGGGCAGUUGCUCCUUUCCAGGCAAACCCGCAAUGUCCGAUUCGCGGACUACAGAAAGUGACAUAUGCUCCAGCUCCGAAGAUGGCACUGUGUGCAUUUAUGAAAGUGAAAAUAUCCUUCGUGGAACAGCUAGUAAUGAGUGCUAUUCAACGCUGCCUGGUUUUGGCAAAGAAGUCGUUCGUCCAGUUGCAAUUUGGAAAGGAAAUUCAUACAGCACCAUUUCAGCUCGAGAUCCAGAGUUCAGUGGCAAAGACAGUGGGAAAGGUGACAGCGACUUUAAUGACAGCGAUUCAGAAAUAAGCGGAGAUGCACUGAAAAAGGAAUCCGUACCUGUCAACAUGCCAAAUGGUAUGUGGACAUGCACACGUGAGUGCAAGAUCCUUGGACAUUCUGAUAAAUGCUGGAGUCCUUCUGCUCUCAGGGCAAAUGCAAGCGGUUCCUCCCAGACUCUUCAGCACCUUUCUUCAUUUGCAAAGACAGCUUCACUGCCUCGGGAUUCUCUCAGGCGAGAAAACUACUACCAGGCACAUAUCCCGAAGACAGUAGGCCUGCAGAGCGUAUAUGAGAAGGUUUUGCACAGGGAAUACGACUAUGUCCUUGUAUCUUCUCCUCGGCCUAUAAGGAUUCCUGAAAUGAAUGACAUUAGUGUACCGGUGUAUGCACCCACCACCACAAGGUGUCAGAUGAAUAAUGUAUAAACUGAAAACUUGCCAGAUGAGGCACAUUGCUAAUUUAUUAAUUGGUUCAGUAAGAUAUGCCAUACUGCUACAAGCAAAGCACAUUAUUUAAUUAUUGAUUUUGUAAAAAAAAAAAAAAGAAAGCAUAUAUUUACAUUUUUUAAUGUCAAAGUAAGUCUUUAUGGAUUGUAUUCAGUCACAGUUAUUACUUUGUUGAAAAUACUGUGUAUAUCAUGCGUUUUUUUGUACAUACAGAGUAUAUUUUUGUAAAAAAAAAAAAAUAAGCAUACAAGCCAUAGACAAACUAUUACAGUUACAUUGUAAGUGGAAGGAUUGUGUGUUUGGACUUCAGACACAUGGAGCUUUACAUGUAAUUCCAUUAUUUUUAUCACUUAAAUAUCCAUGCGACACUUUGAGUGAUUAAAAAUAAAUUCCACAACAAAAGAUAAACUUUAUCGGAACUGUAAAUAAUUGCCAAGCUACAAUUUUUUGACCUUGAUGUUAAGAAGUUGGCAGUUUUUUUUUUAAAACUAAUAAUGUCCAAAGAUAAUAGGUUGGACCCGUGACCUUGAUUUGGGUUAGACGGGUUUGAGAAUGUUAUGUUAUGCUAUAAUUUGUUGGAGUUCAUUAAUUGCUAACAUGUACCUAUAAACUCGUUCUAUGAGUUUCACUUGUGUAAUACAAAUAAGUGGGGUGAACAAACAAAACACUUCCACAUGCACCACUCUUUGUAUAUGUCUAAUGUUGUAUAUC